CCAAAAUCAAAAAUCACAAAGUCCAGCAGGUUAUUUUAUUUUAUUUUGCAAAGUUUUCAUGGAGUUGGGUUCCAUCUGGGUCGUCCUGUUUUGCAGCUUUGGUGCUCUGGUGGCCCUCAAAUGGCUCCUCAAGAAUGCAAAUUGGUGGCUCCACGAAACCCAAUUGGGUGAUAGACAGUACUCUCUUCCUCCUGGUGAUUUGGGUUGGCCUUUCAUAGGGAACAUGUGGUCCUUCCUCCGAGCCUUCAAGUCCCACGAUCCUGAUUCCUUCAUCUCCUCCUUUGUUUCCAGAUUUGGACGUACUGGAAUUUACAAGGCUUUCAUGUUUGGGAGCCCAAGUGUGAUAGUUACAACACCUGAAACAUGCAGAAGAGUUUUGACAGAUGAUGAAUGCUUUAAGCCUGGUUGGCCUAAAUCCACCAUUGAACUGAUUGGAAAGAAGUCAUUCAUUGGCAUUUCUUUUGAAGAACAUAAGCGUCUCAGAAGGUUAACAGCUGCUCCAGUCAAUGGAAAUGAGGCAUUGUCCAUGUACACUAAAUAUAUAGAAGAAAAUGUAAUAGCUUCCUUGAACAAAUGGACAACAAUGGGAGAAAUCGAGUUUUUAACCGAGCUUCGGAAGCUUACUUUUAGGAUAAUUAUGUACAUUUUUCUUAGCUCAGAAAGUGAGCCGGUAAUGGAGGCUUUGGAGAGGGAAUACACAGCACUUAAUUAUGGGGUUAGAGCCAUGGCAAUUAAUCUUCCUGGAUUUGCUUACCAUAAGGCACUCAAGGCUCGAAAGAAUCUCGUGGCUACAUUUAAAUCUAUUGUGAAUGAGAGAAGAAAUCAAAGACAGAGUUGUGUCUCACUAAAGAAGAAAGAUAUGAUGGAUGCUUUGCUUGAAGUUGAGGAUGAAAAUGGUAGAAAAUUGACUGACGAGGAAAUCAUAGAUGUUCUGGUGAUGUACUUGAAUGCAGGCCAUGAGUCAUCAGGCCAUACUGCAAUGUGGGCUGCCAUUUUACUAGAACAGCACCCAGAAUUUCUUCAAAAAGCUAAGGCAGAGCAAGAGGAAAUCGUAAGUAAGAGGCCACUGACACAGACGAGUUUGACACUGAAAGAAAUUCGAGAAAUGGAGUAUCUUUCUAAGGUGAUCGAUGAAGCACUUCGUGUGAUAACAUUUUCACUAACAGUUUUCCGAGAGGCGAAAACAGAUGUCAAUAUAGGCGGUUAUACCAUUCCUAAAGGUUGGAAAGUCCUAGUCUGGUUUAGAAGUGUUCACCUGGAUCCUGAAACUUUUCCAAAUCCAAAGGAAUUUAAUCCUUCCAGAUGGGAUGAUUAUACACCAAAAGCAGGAACCUUCCUUCCCUUUGGAGCAGGAAGCAGGUUGUGCCCUGGAAAUGAUCUUGCUAAGCUGGAAAUCUCUAUUUUCCUUCACUAUUUUCUCCUUCAUUAUCGGCUGGAGCGACUCAACCCUGGAUGCCCAGUGAGGUACUUACCACAUACAAGGCCAACUGACAAUUGCUUGGCAAGAGUCAAAAAGUGUCACUCUCCAUCUAUAUAUGAAGGGAAAGAAAGUGGAAGCGAAAAUAAGCUUGACUAAGAUAGGUAUACUUCUUUUCUUUUUUUUCUCUUUUUUUGGAGUUUGCCUUCAUCCUCAUGUGCCUUGGUGCUCAUGAAAUAAGAGUUGUAGUAUUUCCCAUACCUGAUCUUAGGUCCCAUUUGUUUUGAUAGAAGUUGAAUCAAGAAAAACCCUUCCAUGCUGUAUUUCAUGGCUACAUAGCAUACUGAUGGAAAUACUAUUAGGCUACAGCAAAUGAUUCUUGUAAGCUGAGAUAAUAUCAUUAUUAUACAUGUGGAAGCAUUUGCAAUUAUCUAAAUCUUAAGCAAGCAAGG